CAUGUGCUGUUCCAGUGGAUUCUAAGAGGGCUUAUUCUGACUUUCCUGCUCAAAACCACUCUGUCCCUAAAUCCAGAUGAUCCAAAUGUUUGUAGUCACUGGGAAAGCUACGCCGUGACCGUGCAGGAAUCCUACGCUCACCCCUUUGACCAGAUCUACUACACACGAUGCACAGACAUCCUCAACUGGUUCAAGUGCACCAGGCACAGGAUCAGCUACAAGACCGCCUAUCGCAGGGGGCUGCGCACGAUGUACCGCCGGCGCUCCCAGUGCUGCCCCGGCUACUACGAGAGUGGGGACUACUGCAUACCACUGUGCACAGAGGAGUGUGUGCAUGGAAGAUGUGUCUCUCCUGACACGUGUCACUGUGAACCAGGCUGGGGAGGGACUGAUUGCUCAAGUGGCUGUGACAGCGAGCACUGGGGGCCCCACUGCAGCAACCGCUGCCAGUGCCAGAACGAAGCGCUCUGCAACCCCAUCACGGGCGCCUGCGUGUGCGCCGACGGCUUCCGCGGCUGGCGCUGCGAGGAGCUCUGCGAGCCGGGCACCUACGGCAAGGGCUGCCACUUCCAGUGCCAGUGCCACCACGGGGCCACCUGCGACCACCAGACCGGCGAGUGCCACUGCGCGCCCGGGUACACCGGCGUGUUCUGCGAGGAGCUGUGUCCCCCCGGCAGCCACGGAGCGCAGUGUGAGCUGCGCUGCCCCUGCCAGAACGGGGGAGUUUGUCACCACAUCACUGGGGAGUGCUCCUGUCCUGCUGGAUGGAUGGGGCUGGUGUGUGCACAGCCUUGUCCUCCUGGAACCUUUGGAAUUAACUGCAGCCAGGACUGUCCAUGCCACAACGGAGGGCACUGUGACCCUGUGACAGGAAAAUGCCUGUGUACAGCUGGCUAUAUAGGAGACAGGUGCCAGGAGGAGUGUCCCAUCGGCACCUACGGCUUCCAGUGCGCGCAGACCUGCGCCUGCCAGAACGGGGCCAAGUGCUACCACGUCAACGGCGCCUGCAUCUGUGACCCUGGCUUCAAAGGCAUCCACUGCCAGGAAAGAAUGUGUCCUGAAGGGUUCUAUGGCCUCAAGUGCAACAAGAAAUGCCCCUGCAAUAUUACCAACACCCUCAGUUGCCAUCCUCUGUCUGGGGAGUGCAGCUGCAAGGCUGGCUGGGCUGGGCUCUACUGCAACGAGACGUGUCCCGUGGGCUACUACGGCGAGGGCUGCCAGGUGCCCUGUCCCUGCCACAACGGGGCCGACUGUGACAGCAUCACUGGCAGCUGCAUCUGCGCCCCAGGCUUCAUGGGAGAUGACUGCACCAUUCCCUGCAUGGCAGGGACCUACGGAACCAAUUGCUCGUCGGUCUGUAACUGCAAGAACAAUGGCACUUGUUCCCCUGUGGAUGGGCUGUGCUACUGCAAAGAAGGGUGGCAAGGAGUGGAUUGCUCUAUUCCCUGUUCAAGUGGAAGCUGGGGUCUGAACUGUAACCAGACGUGUUCCUGCAGCAAUGGAGCGUCCUGCAGGCCAGCUGAUGGCUUCUGCCUCUGCUCCCCAGGAUGGCAGGGGGAGUUCUGUGACCAGCCUUGUCCUGAUGGAACAUAUGGCCUUAAUUGCAGCGAGCGUUGUGACUGCAACCACGCGGACGGGUGUGACCCUGUCACUGGGUACUGCUGCUGCCUGGCAGGCUGGACAGGCAUCCACUGUGACAACAUCUGCACCCAGGGCCGCUGGGGACCCAACUGCUCCAUCUCCUGCAGCUGUGAGAACGGGGGAUCCUGCUCCCCUGAGGAUGGAACCUGUGACUGUGCACCGGGAUACAGAGGGCCCUUGUGCCAGAGAAUUUGCCCGCCCGGGUUUUACGGCCACCACUGCAGCCAGCCGUGUCCCCAGUGCGUGCACAGCAAUGGUCCCUGUCACCACGUGUCCGGCCACUGCGACUGCCUGCCCGGCUUCUCCGGCCCCCUCUGCAACCAAGUGUGUCCCAGUGGGAAAUUCGGGAAGGACUGUGCCGAGGUGUGUCAGUGCACCGAGAACGGGACCUGCAACCCCAUCGACGGAUCCUGCCAGUGCUUCCCGGGCUGGAUAGGGAUGGACUGCUCCCAGACUUGUCCCGCUGGGUUUUGGGGCCCUGAUUGCUUUCAUUCAUGCAACUGCCACAACGGAGCACUGUGCAGCCCCUACGAUGGAGAAUGUAGAUGUACCCAUGGCUGGACGGGGCUCUACUGCACUCAGCGUUGCCCAGCUGCUUUUUAUGGGAAGAACUGUGCCAAUGUGUGCCAGUGCCAGAACGGAGCCGACUGUGACCACAUCACCGGGCAGUGCACGUGCAGGACGGGGUUCACAGGCAAACAGUGUGAGCAGAAAUGCUCUCCAGGAACAUUUGGUUAUGGUUGCAAACAAUUGUGUGAGUGCAUGAACAAUGCAACGUGUGACCACGUCACAGGCACUUGCUACUGCAGUCCAGGCUUCAAAGGAAUCCGAUGUGACCAAGCGGCUCUUAUGAUGGAAGAAUUAAACCCCUAUACUAAAAUUAGCCCUGCUCUUGGAUCAGAGAGGCACUCAGUGGGAGCAAUCAUUGGAAUUAUUAUUCUCCUUCUAAUUAUUAUGGUCUUGCUGGCACUCUUUGUGUGGUAUCGACGGAAACAGAAGGAGAAGGGCCAUGACAUGCCAAGUGUAUCUUACACUCCAGCCAUGAGGAUGACUAAUACAGAUUACUCACUUUCUGAUAUAUCCCAGGGUAGCAGCAGUGUUCAUUGUUUUUCCAAUCCAAGCUACCACACUCUCUCAUGUGGGGUGACUUCACGCUUCUUUCCCAGUAAUCUGGAUGGAAACAGCUCUUGUAAGCUCAGUAACAAAAUCCUUGACAGAGAAACUGCAGACUGGAGACCCUACAGCUAUCUGAAUGAACUAGGUGCUUGUGGGAUGGAUAGACGUCAGAACACAUACAUAAUGGAAAAAAGCUUCAAAGAUUAUAUGAAAGAAUCUGUGUGCAGCUCCAGCACUUGUUCCCUGAACAGCAGUGAAAACCCAUACGCCACCAUCAAAGACCCCCCCAUUUUAACCUGCAAACACUCCGAGAGCAGCUACGUGGAAAUGAAAUCACCUGGUCACAGGGAGUCCCCGUAUUCCGAAAUGCCAACUUCAUCAACAGCCAAUAAAAACAUCUACGAAGUUGAGCCCACUGUCAGCAUAGUCCAAGACACCCGCAGUCGGAGUGCCAGCUACCUUCAGAACCCGUAUGACCUGCCUAGGAACAGUCACAUUCCUGGUCACUACGACCUGCUCCCCGUCCGGCACAGCCCCACGCACGGGCCUUCUUGGGACAAGCAGUCCUAGAGGGAUGGACUUCACUGGCACUGUGCUGCCAACACAGACUGGGAGGAAGCAGAGGAGAAGCCAUUCCUUCCUUUCCUGCGGACUGGCAAGGACUUAACACGACAUCAGCUUGGGCCAACUGCUGCUGCAUGAUGUUAUUUAUAAAGACAUUUUUGUAUGGGUACCUGGAAC